AUGCCAAGACCUAGAAGGACUCGAGUAGCAAAGCUCAAAAAGGUUGCAGAUGACAAAGACAAAGGUUUAACAGAAUCUUCCAAGAACGAAUUAUCUGAAUCAGAAAUACCUAAAAAACGCCAAAGAAAGGCUGAAAUCUCAAAAGAAUCCGUUCGCGCUUCAUCUGCGUCAGAUAAUAUCACUGAUGCAGACUAUAUACAAGCCAAUAAUACUUAUCUUACAUCUGAAGAAGCAAUUCAGCAACAAACAUCAAACGACAACACGACGGAUAAACUAGAAAACAAUUCUGUUCAACUACAAAAACAACAAAAUUUAACUUAUGAUCCUCAAUAUCAAAGGCAACCAUCGAUCCAUGGCCAUGGUACUAAUACGUGUAGCACACCAUUUGCUAACCAUAAUCAGCAAAUGUAUUGUUUUUUAGAAUUACCUUGCGUAAAUAAACGCGAAAUUGAACCUUUAAUUGAUCCAUCUCUUGAAUUUUCAAAUGAAUCACAAAAAUAUAAACGGCCAUUAUGUUUGAAUAAUACAUCAUAUAUGAACGAUUCAUUAUACCCUCCAAAAACUUACAUGAUAGCCAAUCCUCUUUUCCUACCGUAUUCUUCAAAUCAUGUUCCAAAUUAUUAUGGUCAACACCAACAUUAUAUUACCAAUAAUUCUCAAAAUAUUACUGAAUCUCAACAAACACAAGUCAAACAACCAACUGUACUUUGCUCAUCAGUUAAUCAUAGCAAGAGUACUAAUGAUCAACAAAACGGUCAAGGAUUAUUCUUUCCUAAUGAAGCUGUACUCAUUGAAUGGUUGCGUACACGAGAGGAUUUAAUCUUACAAGUUCAACAAAGAUCACUUGGUGAUACAUUGGAACUACUCUUGGAACAAUGUAAGCUCCUAUUUUUACGAACGCGAUAUCCUCACAGUAAAGCACGUGAAACGCUUGUCGAGAAAAUUGCUACUGCAAUGGAUCCUUCAUCUGAAGAUUUAAUUUUAUUGAAAAAAAAAUCAUACAUAUACUUUAAUGGCUUUCGUUCUCAGUUUAAUAGAGAUAUUGCAUUUUUAGCUAAAUCUUUUGAUCCAACUGAUGAAGAUAUUAAAAAAUUCGUUGCGAAUGAUGUUUGGCAACAAAAGUUCAACAGAUUUUUAGAAGUCACUAACUACGCCGAAUUUAAGAAAUCUACAUCGUUCAAAUCACUUGAAAUCUUUGUGAUUGAAUGUUUAAAGAUUCAUAUUGCAUAUUUAAUUGCUGUUCGCAAUAAAGAAAAACCUUCUUAUCAGGAAGAUGUUCUAGAUAAGAUUAAAUCACUCAAUCAACUUACUGCACAUAUAUAUAUUCCAGUUGCAAAUAACUAUAAUUACGUUAAUGAGUUGGAUCUUGAUAAUAACGAUGAUUAA